GUUUCAGAAUUUCUCAUUUUCCACCUGCAUAUUCCACAGCUGAUGAUCGAUGUCCAAAUCCACAAUUUCAAUAAAGAGAUGUGGAACUAUCUUAUCUAUCUUUCUUUAUAGGAGUGGGUAAGGCUGAGUGACUUACCUACGGAGAUGUUAGUAAAGAUCUUCAUGUUAAUACCAUUGCCAGAUCUUAUAAGAGGCAUUUCGCCUCUUUGUAGAAGAUUACGAGACAUUUUCCACUUGCCGUUUUUGUGGAGACAUUUUAAAUACGACCUUUUUUACAAUAAGUCAAGGUUUGAUCACAUCUUUGAGCAUGCCGAAUAUUUUCACUCUCUGCAAUUCACAUAUGACAUGGGAAAACUGAAAAUGGAGAUGACAACGGGCUACAUUGAGGAGGGCUUGAGCCGAUGUACACAGCUGCUGGAACUUGACAUCAGUUAUAAUCUGUCUAUCCGAAAUUUAAAUUUUAUUUUGAAAAUGCCAAAGUUGGAGAUUUUAAAUAUGGAGUACUGUUGUAAUGUUGAUCCUGUCACAGCAGUCACUGCUCUUAAAACAAUGCAAAAACCACGAAGAGUAAUCUUAAGUUUGUGUGAACAGUUUAGUGAAGACCAGCUCUGCGGAUUGUUUCUAAGUAGCAGUUCAUAUGAACACAUUGAUGUGGAGAAGUGUUCCUGCCUUUCAGUGAAGUCGGUAAGAUCUGUCCUUGCAGCAAAUCCCAAUAUCAAGAGCUUGAUGUUCUCACCCUCUUGGGGUCCACCUCCUAGAUGGAUGAAGCUGAUAGGCUAGUAUCCACACGUGUCAUUUUCGACUGAUCUAGAUCUAAUGUUUGAAAGAUGCAUAUAUCUGGAGUGGUUACUCCCUGGUGAGGAUUUCUAGGUGCGAAUGAUAACGCGGCAUGCUAGGCGAUCAUAUGACAUCCUUGUAAGCAGUGACGUUUUAGUGUCUGUUGGUAAUAAAAGAAAGUACUGUUUGCGCACUAUUAUUUUGCAUAACAUUUCGUAACCAAAAUAAGUUUUCAAACGACACCAAGUAACAUAAUGACCAUCUCCCUUUCUGGCUUAGUUGAUAGAUUGACUGCCCUACAGAAUCUGGCCAUUUGGGAGAAGGAAAACGUGCACUUGCUUGAAGGUGUUAAUGUUGACAAGAAUGAAAAAGGAAAAACAACAAAAAGAACGAAAAAAAAGGAGAAAAGAGAUUCACAAGAACAUGAAAGCAAAAAUCCUUGGAAGUGGGGCACCUUGCCAAUACACAAAUCUGAGCAUCGAAGAAAACCUAUAUGUGCAAAAGCAAUUGCAACUUUUCCUUCAGCAGAAAGAAGGGGACAAAUGUACAGUCACACCACCACCAGCGAACACAUCCACUGACACUACAAAACAAUCCACCACUGAUGCAUUUAACCCACUGCUCAACAUCACAGUACCCCUGACAAACACAUAUACUGGCACAACAACACAGUUCCCAACAGAGUCAUUCAACCCACUGCACAACAACACAGUACCCCUGACAAACACAUCCACCGACACUACAACACAAUCCACAACUGCUGCAUUCAGUUCACUGCUCAACACCACAGUACCCCUGACAAACACAUAUACUGACACAAAGCAAUUCUCAACUGAGACAAUCAACCCACUGCUCAACAUCACAGUACCCCUGACAAACACAUAUAUUGAUACAACAACACAAUCCACAACUGCUGCAUUCAACUCACUGCUCAACACCACAGUACCCCUGACAAACACAUAUACUGACACAACAACACAAUCCACAACUGACGCAUUCAACCUACUGCUCAACAUCACAGUACCCCUGACAAACACAUCCACUGACACUACAACACAAUCCACAACUGACCCAUUCAGCAUUUUGAAUCCACUACUCAACACCACAGUACCCGUGACAAACACAUUCACUUUAUCAGUGACACCAUGAGACGAGACAGAUACAUGUACUUUACAAACUGGUAACCAACUGGACUGGACAGUCACACAUAACAAUCCUCCAACAGAAAAUUUGACACUUCAGAAACUUUACGAGAAAAUAACAGACAUUGAAACCAAGGUAGAUCUUAUUGUGGACUACCUGGGAGUAAAAAAAAUGAAAACUGUCGAUAAACAAACAGAUCAUGCUACUGUAAUAACUGCACCACUAGUGAAUAAGGGUGAACAAAAGGAGCCCAUAUUUUCUAGCUAUAUAACACCUACCCUUAAACAGAGGGCGGUACUGCUAAGCAGCAGUAAGGGUAAUUUAGCAAAAAAUGUCCUCUUUGUUUAGCGCAUUGAAUACCGGUCAUACAAACACUACUCAAAGCAGGAAUUUCUCAAAGAUCUUAGAGACAUUGACUGGAACUAAGCGCUAAACAAAGAGGACAUUGAUUC